CGUCCCGGCGAGUCCCGGGCUGAAGGAGGCGGCUCCGGGCUGCGCGGAGUGCUGUGGCAGGCCGAGCCGAGACGUGUGAGGAGUGUGAGUGAGUGUGUGUGCGUGUGCGCGCCCGCCCGCCCGCCGGCCGCGCCGGAGACACGGAAUUGCAUCUUGUGAAAAAGGAACAAAGAUUUUCUGCUAGGAUCAUAUGUAAGGGUACAUUUUGCUGAUACUUCAUUUCUAAUCUCAUAGAACAUUUCAGCUUUAGCCCUUGGACUAGAAGCUGAAAUAAUAGAAGCGUGUAUGAUGCAUUAGGGUAUUGAAGAAAAUUAAUUUUGAAUUAAAUAUUUGGACUAUAAGGAAGGAAAAGUGACUGACAAUGGGGCGGAAGAAAAUACAAAUCACACGCAUAAUGGAUGAGAGGAACCGACAGGUUACUUUUACAAAGAGAAAGUUUGGAUUGAUGAAGAAAGCCUAUGAACUUAGUGUGCUCUGUGACUGUGAAAUAGCACUCAUCAUUUUCAACAGCUCUAACAAACUGUUUCAGUAUGCCAGCACUGAUAUGGACAAAGUUCUUCUCAAGUACACAGAAUAUAAUGAGCCUCAUGAAAGCAGAACCAACUCGGAUAUUGUUGAGGCUCUGAACAAGAAGGAACACAGAGGGUGCGACAGCCCAGACCCUGAUACUUCAUAUGUGCUAACUCCACAUACAGAAGAAAAAUAUAAAAAAAUUAAUGAGGAAUUUGAUAAUAUGAUGCGGAAUCAUAAAAUCGCACCUGGUUUGCCACCUCAAAACUUCUCCAUGUCUGUCACAGUCCCUGUGACCAGCCCUAAUGCUUUGUCGUACACUAACCCAGGAAGUUCACUUGUGUCACCAUCUUUGGCAGCCAGCUCAGCAUUAACAGAUUCAACCAUGCUUUCUCCACCUCCAGGCACCUUACAUAGAAAUGUAUCGCCAGGAGCUCCUCAGAGACCACCAAGUACUGGCAGUGCAAGUGGGAUGUUGAGCACUACAGACCUUACAGUGCCAAAUGGAGCUGGAAACAGCCCUGUAGGGAAUGGAUUUGUAAACUCAAGAGCAUCUCCAAUUUUGAUUGGAAAUACUGGUGCAAACAGUUUAGGCAAAGUCAUGCCUACAAAAUCUCCCCCUCCACCAGGCGGUGGCAAUCUUGGAAUGAACAGUCGAAAACCAGAUCUCCGAGUUGUCAUCCCCCCUUCAAGCAAGGGUAUGAUGCCUCCACUCUCGGAGGAAGAGGAAUUGGAAUUGAAUACCCAAAGGAUAAGCAGUUCUCAAGCCACUCAACCUCUUGCCACCCCAGUAGUGUCUGUGACAACUCCAAGCCUGCCUCCACAGGGACUUGUAUACUCAGCAAUGCCUACAGCCUACAACACUGAUUACUCGCUGACCAGUGCUGACUUGUCGGCCCUACAAGGCUUUACUUCCCCAGGAAUGCUGUCUCUGGGACAGGCUUCAGCCUGGCAGCAGCACCACCUAGGACAAGCAGCCCUCAGCUCUCUUGUCGCUGGAGGGCAGUUAUCUCAGGGUUCCAAUUUGUCCAUUAAUACCAACCAAAACAUCAACAUUAAAUCAGAGCCAAUUUCACCUCCCCGGGAUCGAAUGACCCCAUCUGGCUUCCAGCAACAGCAGCCUCCACCUCCACCUCCACCACAACCCCCACAGCCUCAGCCACGGCAGGAUAUGGGGCGUUCCCCUGUGGACAGUCUGAGCAGCUCUAGCAGCUCCUAUGAUGGUAGUGACCGGGAGGAUCCACGAGGAGACUUCCAUUCUCCAAUUGUACUUGGCCGACCCCCAAACACCGAGGACAGAGAAAGCCCUUCUGUAAAGCGCAUGAGGAUGGAUGCAUGGGUGACCUAAGGCUUCCUGGCUCAUGUUUAUACUUUGUGUUACUGCAGUGAACUGCCCUACAUAUCUAAAUUGGUAAAUAAGGACAUGAGUUCAAUAUAUUUAUAUGUAUAUACAUACAUAUAUAUCCCUUUACAUAUAUAUGUAUGUGGGUGUGAGUGUGUGUAUGUGUGAAUGUGUGUUGCAUACACAGAAUCAGGCACUUACCUGCAAACUCCUUGUAGGUCUGCAGAUGUGUGUCACAUGGCAGACAAAGCACCCUGUAGGCACAGACCAGUCUGGCACUUCCUUGGACUACUUGUUUCGUAAGAUAACCAGUUUUUGCAGAGAAACGUGUACCCAUAUAUAAUUCUCCCACAGUAGCCUGCAGAAACCUAAGGGGCCCCCUACUUGUUUUAUUUAACUGUGUGGUGACUAUAGUUACUUCGGGGAAAAAAAAAAUGCUUUGUAGAACAGAGCAGUAGAAAGCAGGAACCGAGAAAGCAAUACUGUAUAUAAAAUGUCAUUUAUAUUAAUUACCCAACCUGGCAUGGGUCUCUAUUGCAAAGGGGUGCAUGGGAAAAGGGCUGUUGAUAUUUAAAAAAACAAACAAACAAACAAAAAACAAUACAAGAAAGCCCCACACAUAACUGUUUUGCACGUGCAAAAUGUAUUGGGUCAAAGAAGUGAUCUUUAGCUAAUAAAAAGAGAGAGUAGAAAACACGCAUGAGAUAUACAGAAAUUACUAGCCUAGAAAUAUAGAGCAUUAACAAAGUAAAGUUAAUAUAUUAAGUUAUAAUUGGAGUAUGUCAGAAGUUUCUUUUUUACAUUCAUAUCUUAAAAAAUAAAGAAACUGAUUUUAACUCAUGUAUAUUUUAUAUGAAAGAAAACACCCUUAUGAAUUGAUGACUAUAUAUAAAAUUAUAUCCACUACUUUUGAACACAUUCUGCUAUGAAUUAUUUAUAUAAGCCAAAGCUGUAUGUUGUAACUUUUUUUUAGAGAAUAGCUUUAUCUUGUUUUAACUUUUUAGUUUUAUUUUAAGAGGGGAGAAAAAACACAGAAAUAUCUUGCAAACAGAACCUUGGAAAAAAAAAGCCAUGAACACUUAUUCUAUAUAUAAAUUAAAAGUUGAGCCAAACUCUUUGUGUAUAUAGCAUCUUAAAUAUAUUAUCACCUUUGAUGUAAGUACCUAUGUAUUGUAUGGUCACCAGAUUAAAAAGUAUAUUUUUGUGGAUUGCCGCCAAUUUGGGGGGAAAGGCGAAGUCCUUAUUAAGUAGAGUAUUCACUGUUUAAUAUUUACUAUUUUGUUAAAUAUACUGUACUUUGGAUUUUAAUUAUUAGCCCAGUUUUUUCAGAGGAUUGUAUAAAGGGGUUUUUCCCCUCACUGGUGGUGAAUGUGUGAAGUUACAUUGUAAUCCUUGUGCUGUAUGGGGUGAGCAUCAUUAUAUAUUUUGUAUGUGUACAUAAAUAGCAAAGUGGCAAAAAAAAUUGGUGUUAAGUUCAUCCUACAUAAAUAUAAAAUGUGUUGUUACAGAUUUCAUAAGGCAUUAUUUAAAACUUGCCUUUUGUGAGGAAAAAAAGUAGAAAAAGAUGACCUAACUUAACUGAUAUUAGAGAAAAUGGCAAAAUAGUAGAUGAGCACAAAGGUUUUAUAAGUGGUAAAUGAUUAGCGAAAAAUAUUUGUGGGGAAAAGGAUUUUCCUUCACCCCCCUAAAAGUAGAAUGAUGUAGCUGGUUGCAAAAUACACUACCAUUUCAACUGUUAUAUUCAUUGAAAUAGCUCUCUAAUAGGAAGAAAUUCUCUAUGGUGCAGGUCUUGACACGAUUCUUGCUGUCCUGAUUGACAUUAGUGCCACCCUCAGCUUGGAUGUUGAACAAGGCCUUACUUUUGCAGGACAACUCAUUGUUGAUAGCAAGUUAAUCCGUUUACUGGGCUUGUGCCAUGAACAAAAUUCAAAGUCCUGUAUAUCUUUUAUGAUAGAUUUUUAAAUAGUCCUUUUCCUGAGAAACUUAAAAGGUUUAAAAACUACUGCUAUUUUAUAUUUUAAACUUAAUAUUAAGCAGCUACCUACAGUUUUUACUUAUAUUUUAUUUUCCCCCCUAAGUUAUGUUCCUUGUGGCAUUUGAGGAAAAUGCCAUGUGACAAAUCAGCAGCCAGAUCUCCUGACUGACACUUAACUAUUAGGGACAGGACAGGCUGCAGAUCAAGAUCAUGCUUUACUGGCAAUUUAAGUAGCAAGUUUUUAUAGAAGCCAAAAGUGGGGGAUAAUGUUUUAUCUCCUCUCUUCAGUGUCGACAUUUGGCUCUUAUUCAGAAAAUCUUUAUUUUUAUUUUUAAAAAGUACUUAAUUACAGGCACAUUUCUUCAUAAGGUCACACCUUAUUGAAACAAGACAGUCUCCCAACACUGACUUUCCAAGAUAAUCCUUACCACUUUGUAAACCAUUUAUAGCUUUGAAAGUGUUAAGCGAUCCUUUUGUUAUUAUUUAUGCAUGUCCAUGAACUUCUGCUGUAUAUUGGAAUAGGAGUUAACAUUCACAUUUACUGUCUAUUUUCUUGUGUGCCUUAUGAGAUGGCUUUUCUGACUGUAUCUCAGUAGUCUUUCUUUCUAUGCAGGUUUAUAAUCAGUACAACUACUGUUUUCUAAAGUAAUACUACACAAGGCUCGGAGUUUGUAUUUAAAUUAUACUGACCAAGUAACAAUGUAUUCCUUUUUCAGGAACUAAAUAUCUGACUGUUAAUCUUUUUCCCAUAUGCCCAGUGUGAUUUGGGGCAUACAGACUUGACAUCCUUCACCCAGACACUCAUGUGUGAAUACAUCCACAUCCACAUCUCUUGGCAGAAACCAACUUAGAGUGGGGAAGAUUCUGAUGGUGUUGCUUUAAAACCAACUUUUCUUACCCUUUUAGACUUAUGUGUUUUGUAUGAGACACCAUCACAGGAAAAUUUUAUCCCUUCAGAAAAAAUAUUUUAUUAUUAAAAAACAAAAACAAAAAAAGCUUAAAUUGCACUGGCUACAGGAAGUCCCCACCAGCUGUAUUUCUGCCAGCACUCUUAAGUGGUUCUACACUGAGAGUGAAAGUCACCAUUGUGCGAACACAGGUGGUCCCAGUCAAAACUCCAUCUUUUGAGCCCUUAUUACAUCCAUUGUGUUAUAGACUAAAUCAGGGGUUUGUUCUGAAAGAACAAUACAUGUUUUACCAUUUCCUUUCUCAACUGUAAGGACUAAUGUAUUAACAUAAUUUCUGUAUUAACCAUCAUGCGCACAAGAAAUACAUAGUAAAUAAGGAACCUGAAAACUCCUGGCAUUGAAUCAUAAAAAAAAGCUAGAUGAUUAGAAUGUGAAAAAGAUUUUACAAAUGUAAAACUUUGAUUUCUCUGUAAAAACUUUCUUCACUUUGCUGUGCAAGAAGACACUGCUUUGCUAUAUUUAAAAUGGCUUUUUUAAAAGAGAUUUAUGUAUUUGGUAAAUGUUUGUAGUCAACAGUUCACACAAAGAAGCUGUACACGGUUUGAUCAUGUAAAACCGUUUGGCGGCACAAGCUGGACUUUGUUGCCAUCCUUGAGAUGAACCUUUUAAGAAAAAUAAGUUAAUCUCAAUUUUUCCCUGAAUGUGUUGUUUUUCUUCAUUAUACAAUAAAUAUUAUAGUGAAGUUUUUAUCAAAUGGUUAAGACAAUGCUAGAGGUUGUAAACUAUUUGUCUCCUGCACUCACUCCAGUAAAGACGGCCUGGCUCUUACCAUGUA